AAAAUGAGGCGGUAGACUUAAAAAAUAGUACAGACAGCGACCUUUUUUAUUUGUUUGCUCUCUCUCUCUCUCUCUCUUCGUUGUUUGAAGUUUGAACUAGCUUCUCUUAAAUUUUCUCAUACCCUGGAGUUCAGGACGGGUACUUAGUUCUCUUCCUUUAUUACUUUCUACUUUUCUAGAAUCUUCCAUUUCCGUUUUCACCUCAACCGUUUUUCCGAUCAUUUUCUUCUUCUUUUUUUUUUUUUUCUCUUCUCUCUUCUUCAUCAAGCCACACUUUUACUUUUGAGGAUCGUCUUCUCGAAUAUUCUUCCUCUCAUAGUUCCAAGCUAGUAGAGUAGUAAACUCGACUUUGAUUCGUUGCUAUUAACAAAUUCCGUCAAAAAUUCGCAACUCAAUUCGUGUUUCUAGGUCAUUUCAACUUUCUUUGAAUUGCGAAUUUGUGAAAGGGAAUUAUUACAAAGGAGCGUUGAGAAGAUUAUGAAGAAGGUGAGGAGAAAGAUCGGAAAGUAUGACGUUGGUCGAACUAUUGGUGAAGGCACAUUCGCAAAGGUCAAAUUUGCAAAACAUACUGAGACAGGGGAAAGUGUUGCUAUUAAAGUCAUGGCUAAAACUACCAUUCUCAAUCAUAGAAUGGUUGAACAGAUUAAAAGAGAGAUAUCCAUUAUGAAGAUUGUCAGACACCCUAAUAUAGUCAGAUUGCAUGAGGUUUUGGCCAGCCAGAGCAAGAUCUACAUAAUCCUUGAGUUUGUAAUGGGAGGGGAAUUAUAUGAUAAAAUUGUUCAGUUGGGAAAGCUCUCUGAAAAUGAAUCUAGGCGCUACUUUCAACAACUUAUAGAUGCUGUUGCUCAUUGUCAUAAAAAGGGUGUGUACCAUAGAGACUUAAAGCCUGAAAACCUUCUUCUUGAUGCUUAUGGAAAUUUAAAGGUUUCGGACUUUGGAUUGAGUGCAUUUACUAAGCAGGGUGAUGACCUUCUUCACACCACAUGUGGGACCCCAAACUAUGUUGCUCCUGAGGUGCUCAGCAAUCAUGGUUAUGAUGGUGCAGCAGCUGAUGUAUGGUCAUGUGGAGUCAUUCUAUAUGUUCUAAUGGCCGGAUAUCUUCCUUUUGAGGAGGCAGACCUUCCAACGUUGUUCAGAAGGAUCAGUGCUGCAGAAUUUGUUUGCCCAUUCUGGUUUUCUGCUGGCGCAAAGACAUUGAUACAUAAGAUUUUGGACCCUAAUCCUAAAACGCGGGUGAAAAUAGAAGAAAUGAGGAAAGAUCUAUGGUUCCGGAAAAAUUAUUCCCCGGUCAAACUCAGGGAAGAUGAGCAAGUGAAUUUGGAUGAUGUUCAGGCUGUUUUUGAUGAUAUUGAGGACCAGUAUGUUUCUGAACGGUCAGAAAUUACCGGGGGAGGUCCUUUGGUAAUGAAUGCAUUUGAGAUGAUAACCUUAUCACAAGGGUUGAAUCUUUCACCUCUAUUUGACAGGCAUCAGGUGGGUGGGCAUCGGAGGACUUCUGAUUUCAAGUUAGGUUUGAGUCUUAGUAAUGAUUAUGUAAAACGGCAGACUCGUUUUGUUUCACGUAAACCAGCAAAAGUUAUAAUUUCAUCUAUUGAAGCUGUUGCAGAGUCAACGGGACUUAAGGUCCAUUCUCGGAAUUACAAGAUGAGGAUCGAAAAAGUUUCUGUAAAUAAGGUUGGACAAUUUGCGGUGGUCUUGGAGGUGUUUGAAGUCGCACCAUCCCUUUUCAUGGUAGAUGUUCGAAAGGCAGCUGGGGAUACUCUUGAGUAUCACAAGUUUUAUAAGAACCUUUGUGCAAAACUAGAAAGCAUUAUUUGGAGACCGGCAGAGACUACCCCAGAAUCUGUUUUGCUUCGACAAAUGACAUUCUGAUCCAGAUCCUGCCCAACGUGCCCGUAUGUUGCAAAUCUAAAUAAAAACACACCAUUGAAAGUUGCAGCUGCUUCUAAGGCAAAUUGGAACGGGUGUGCUUUCCAGCUAUCAUCAUAAUGCAAAGUGCACUUUAUGAAACAACUUAUACCGGAAUGUGUGUCGCUGUCAAGUUAUAGAGCAUUGUUUGAUUCCUCGGGUGAAGGAAAGAAUAUACAUAUUGUAAUGUAUCCCGCAAGGAACCAAUUGUUUGCUAAAUAAAUUGUAUAUUUGGUUCGGGUGGAAAUAGUGUGAAGUAUAUAAUUAGAAACAAUAAACUGCAUCAAUUUGGUGUUGGAAGAGUUACGAAAAUAAUCCAAGUGCCAAAUUCUAUUUACGAAGUCGCUAUGUUGGGAGGCAGGCAAAUCCGUGUAAAAAAUCAGAUGUAGUGUUAUUAACUUCAAAAUUAAUCUCACGGUGUGAGUCUAAAAUGUCUUAAUUGUGUGGAUAUCUUGAAACGUCUAGUGGAGGUCGAGCUCUAAUACAAUGGUUCAAAAUUGUUUAGGCUGGAUUAUUAUGUCUUUUAAAGAUUUAAGUUUGACACAUUUUGUUGAUAGAUGAUUGUAAUUAGGAUUUUUGUCUCUCUGCUUGUAGAAGGGGGUUCAACCCCUUAGUUUUUAUGGCUUCCCAACUAGAGUGCCUACGUUAGAGGUUUGAAUAUAACAUUGAUCUGAUCUGAUCUGAUCUGAUCUGAUUUUUUAAAGUUUGGAAUAUAAACUUGACCACAACUUAUUGUAAAUAUAUCGUCAAUACAUACAUACAAUAUAGUGCCUACGUUAGGUAUGAUCGGAUGUAUUUGAUACUUUUUUACAAUAUUGACACAUAUCAUUAUUCUUUUACUCAA